AUGCACGAGCCGCUGCCUGUCCCGGAGCGUCCGGACGCGACACCACCGCCGGAGCUUGGCGAGAAGGAAGCCGAGUUGUAUAAAGCGGUGUACGAGCACUUCGCGAAGGAGGGAUACGUGCUGCCGAACGAGGAGAAGGGGGAGCUGUCGGAAGAGGAGAAGGAGUGGCUGACGUACGAAUGCAUGCUCCGCUAUCUCCGGUGUGCCAAGUGGAACGAGAAAGAGGCCAUCAAGAGGCUCGAAAGCACGCUCAAAUGGCGGCGUGAGUUCGGCGUGUACGACGUCGUGACCGCUGAACAGGUAGAGCCUGAGGCCGUCUCCGGAAAGCAUGUACUGUUCGGAUUCGAUGUGGUUGGGCGUCCUAACGCGUACGUCUACCCGCACGAGGACGGCACGCGCGCUGUCCAGCUGACCGUGUGGAUCCUGGAACGCGCGAUCGACCUCAUGCCGCCUGGUGUCGAGACGCUGAAUGUGCUCGUGAAGCAAGUAGACGGAAAGAUCCCCGCGCUCUCGACCUGCCUCUCGUUCCUCAACAUCGUGCAGACGCACUACCCCGAGCGCCUCGGGCUCGCGAUCGCGACCAACAUGUCGUGGAUGCUGCAGCUCCUGGUGAAGCUCAUCCGCCCGUUCAUCGACCCCGUCACGAACGAGAAGAUCCGGCUGAAUGCCGUGUCGCGCGACGACGGCGCUAUCUGCACGGCGGGCAAGGACGGGGAGAAGCUCGUGGACGGGGACCAGGUCGCGCGCGCGGGGUGGGGAGGGAAUGUGGGCUUUGAAUAUGUGCACGAGGAGUAUUGGCCGAGGCUGGUGGAGAUGUGUCGGAGGCGGAGGGAGGGGAUGCAUGAGGCGUGGAAAGAGCUUGGAGGGACUGUUGGGAUCAGGGAGUGGGACGUCAAGAUGACGCAGGAGAAUAUUGAAACUUCGACAAAUGUGGAUCUAUGA